CUAGGUUGCUUAAAGGUACAGCUGAUCCUUAACCUUUUGUGUUUCUAAUUGCAGGAGGUCUACCGGAUCCCAAAGAAGAGCCAAGUGGAAAAGGAGAGCAGCGAUCAUGGGAGAGAGAUGAUGGGCCGAGAGCCCCCGACUGCUCUCAAAAAUCAGAACAGAGAGCGGGAGCUGGAAAGGCAGAACAAAGAGAAAAAAAAACGGAGGGAGUCCUUGUCGCCCCCGUCGGCCUACGAACGAGGCACCAAGCGACCGGAUGACCGCUACGACACGCUGGCCACGGGUUCGAAGAAGAAGGUCCGCCUGAAGGACCGCAGCAAGCUGUCCACCGAGGAACGGCGGAAGCUCUUUGAGCAGGAGGUCGCCCAGCGCGAGGCACAGAAGCAGCAGCAGCAGCAGCUGCAGAGCCUGGGCAUGGCGUCCCCGCUGCCCUACGACUCCCUGGGCUACGGGGCCUCCCACCCCCCGUUCAUGGGUUACCCCCCAGGCUACCCCAUGCAGGCCUACGUGGACCCCAGCAACCCCAACGCUGGCAAGGUGCUCCUUCCCACCCCCAGCAUGGAGCCCAUGUGCUCGCCGGCCUCCUACGAGCCCUCGCAGACUCUGGUGGGCCACGCCAUGGAGCCCGGCCUGGCCACCUCACAGCCUGUGCCGGUGGUCCAGCAUGUAGCAGCCCCCCUGGAGGUGUCCACGCCCCAGUACGUGGCCCCGAGUGACCCCAUGGUCCACCAGGAGCCCGGCGUGGCUGUCUUGCCCGUGGCAGCGCCUGGUCCGGUCCAGGGACAAAGCUACGGCGUCUGGGACUCCAGCCAGACAACCGUGGCAGUGCAGCCCCCCUACUCGCCGGCUCAGUCUCAGCCCACCAUCUAUUACCAAGGACAGGCCUGCCCAACGGUCUACGGAGUCACCUCGCCUUACUCUCAGGCCACGCAGCCCAUCGUGCAGAGUUACGCCCAGCCAAGUCUUCAGUACAUCCAAGGACAACAGAUUUACACCACUCACCCUCCGAGCGUGGUGGUGCAACCCACAACGGCCGUCGCCACUAUCGUCACCACCGGACAGCCCCCGCCGAUCCAACAGCCAGAACUGGUGGUGGCCAACAACCUACUGGACCUGCCUCCUCCGUCUCCUCCCAAGCCCAAAACCAUCGUCCUGCCCCCCAACUGGAAAACGGCCCGUGAUCCGGAGGGCAAGAUCUACUACUACCACGUGGUCACCAGGCAAACCCAAUGGGACCCUCCCAACUGGGACAGCCCAGAAGAUGAUGCCGGCCUGGAGCACGAAGCCGAAAUGGACCUUGGCACACCGACGUACGACGAAAACCCCAUGAAAUCUUCCAAAAAGCCCAAAACUGCUGAAGCAGACACUUCCAGUGAACUGGCCAAGAAGAGCAAAGAGGUCUUCCGGAAAGAGAUGUCCCAGUUUAUCGUGCAAUGCCUGAACCCCUAUCGCAAACCUGACUGCAAAGUGGGGCGCAUCACCACAACAGAAGACUUCAAGCACCUGGCACGCAAGCUCACCCAUGGCGUGAUGAACAAGGAGCUGAAAUACUGCAAGACGCCGGAAGACCUGGAAUGCAACGAGAACGUCAAGCACAAAACGAAGGAAUACAUCAAGAAAUACAUGCAGAAAUUCGGCACCGUGUACAAACCCAAAGAAGACACCGACAUGGAGUAGGAGGGUGUAUAUAUAUAUAUUGACCCUCUGCUUUUCCUGGGCAGAGUUCACACUGUUACGGAAUACACAAAACACACACACACACACGUUUCGGCCGACACAAACGUCUCCUUUCCAAGCUGGAUCCGGAGACGAGAGUAGCAGCAGAAAGUGGGGCGUUCAAAUGGUUUGCACGCCCCCCCCCCGGCUCACAAGCACCUCACUUUGCAAGAGCCCCCCAAAACUGACCACGGGGCGGUGCUUCCCUUGCGCAACGCAACGCGCGAGUCCACUCCCCCUUUCCCCACGGAGACCUGUAUAAUAUUCUUAUGUGAAU